AUGGAAGCAGUUAAGGACAUCACGGAGACGGCGGCCGUGGACCUGGGGGACCUGCUGGACGCCGGGGACGACGCCGUGGUGAUACUCGAGGCAGGCGACACGCGGCUGUUGGCGCACAGGGCCGUCCUGGCGGACAGGAGCCCUGUGUUCGCCGCCAUGUUCGCCCACGACACCCUCGAGGCCAGCAGCGGCGCGGUGAGCAUCCCGGACGUGGGGGGCCCGGUGCUGAGGCAGCUGGUCUCCUACCUGUACACCCUGCGGGCCCCCCAGCUGCCCAGCACGGCCCCCCAGCUGCUGGCCGCAGCGGAUAAAUAUGGGGUGUCGCGGCUGAAGGAGGAGUGCGAGCGGCAGGUGGCCGCUCAGCUGACCGUUGAGACCGCGGCGGCCGCAGCCGUCCUCGCAGUCCGCCACUCCUGCAGUGACCUCAAGCACGCUGCACUGGCGUUCAUUAAGACCUGUCCGUUCGAGGUGAUGGCCACUCAGGGGUGGGCAGAUGCGAUGCUUCAUCAACCAAAAGACUUGAUCGAAGUGAGCCGGUUGCUGUAUGAUCCACCACCAAAAAGCAGGAGCCUCUCUGCUAAGGAGAGGGCCAGGAGGCUGGUCCAGGCGGCUAAGCAGCGGGCAGUGGGGGAGCUGAGGGCGCUGAUCGCCGCAGGGGCCGACGUGGGGGCGAGGGAAGUGGCGGCUGCGCUGCUCGUCGCGGGGGCCGACAGGGGGGCCACAACUGAUGUUGGUGGGAAGACAGCGCUGGACCUCGCCAGGCAGAACAACCACAGGCGGCUGGUGGAGAUGCUGUCAUGA